AUGGGUGGCACUGACUCUAUUACAAUAAUCGCAAUUUUUUUGGAAUUUGAAUUUUGGAUCAUACUUCUCUAUCAGCACGCGUCUAUAAACUUUUACUAUCAUGUGCUUGGAGGAAUGCAACUAGAUAACUCCCAGGAAAAUUGGCCUGGAAUUGGUACACCUGGAAAAAUUUCACCUAUGGCAAAUCAGUCCCAUUGUAUUCGCGGUGGAUGCAACACUCCCGAUGAAUGGUGUCGAGUACUUUGGGGCCCCACUGGAACAGUUGCUGGUCCCGGGUGUGUUGGUUAUAAUCUGAUUCGAGAUCCAAACAGUCAGAGCAUCGACACAGUGGCAAAUUGUGGCCUGCUUCGACCGAGGGGCGAUGAACGGUGGCGAGAAAUUGAGCAAUGGCCCUCCAAACCAUGCUACGACUGGUAA